AUGACAUUUAAAGAUUCUAUGACAAGACUAGCUUCAUUCCGUUAUGUAAAACAAGACAAUGUUUUUUUCUCAAAGUUAGCUGACGCUGGGUUCUAUUAUUCUAACACUGAAGUUAUAUGUCAUGGAUGUGGAAAUCGUAAGCCAAUAUCAAGCAUCGUUUCUGACCCAGAUGGCAGCGAUUACCAUUUGGAUGGCUGUUCUUUUAGUAGAACCGAUGCAGUAUCGACUCUAGUAACAGAACCAACACAAGUUGGGCCUGUGGACAACGAUUCCAGUGCUGAUCAUAGAGACUGUGGCGGUGCUUUUGCUAGACCAGAUGUCCGAGUGUACACUGUACCCAUGGGUCACCCAGCUAACCCGGCGUACAUCACGCUACAGAAGAGACUGGAGAGCUUCAGACAAUGGCCCGCAGACCACAUACAUAGCCCUGCGUCUUUAGCCAGAUCAGGAUUUUACUAUGCAGGUUAUUCCGAUUGUGUUCGAUGUUUUUACUGUGGACUUGGUCUCAAGUCAUGGAAACCAGGAGAUGACAUUGUAGAUCAGCAUCAAAAGUUUCGGCCCUCCUGUCAUUUUCUGUUACGUCAGACUGGUCAGCAGCAAUCUCAUGUUAUACAGAAAGAAUACACAAACAAUGCUAAAGUCACAUUGCUUAAGAAAGAGAACGAUGUCCUACGGAGCCAGUUGAAGUGUAAAGUGUGCAAUACGGCCAACAUCAAAGACCUGUUCCUGCCGUGUGGUGAUCUUUACGCUUGUGGCGACUGUUCUAAGUCUCUGACACAUUGUCCGGCCUGUAACAAACAGAUUCUGGCCACUGUCACGACGUUUUUUACAUAACUUUGCGACUAAUUUUACAAUAAAAAUGAGCAAUAUAGAAAUUAUUAGAAAAUAACAUAUUUGUAUGUUCAGUUAAUGUACAUUGAUAUAGAAUUGUCACUGAAUUUAA